AACGAUCAUCAUGGUCACGCGCUGAAAAAAACCCCAUUGUUAUCGAAGACCUAACUAGCGAAGAAGCAUUCACUUACCUCCACAGCAAACUUGGCAUUGAAAAAAAGGUCACCAAUCAACUCAUCCAACUCUUAGGUGGUCGGAUUCGUGAUCUUAAGGAAUAUGAGUGCAUUUACUAUCUGGACAAUGAUGAUGAUAUUUUGCAUAAACGUUGUGUGAACAUUCUCAUCAUACUUAAUAUAUUGCUUUUAGAGGUUCGUAAAAUUGUGCUCGGUGCCGUCCAUAAAAACUUUCACCAGGCUCGAAUGGUGAAGGGCAAAAGAAAUCAUGACAUUGGCAAGAUCAUUGUCCAAGAGUUGUUGAAAAAUGAAGAAAUCCAUAUUGAUACAUUCGUCGAGCUCGUCAACAACGAACAAAUAGCCGAUGAACUGCUACAGGCCAAUGUUUUCUCAUAUAACCCGGAAAGCGAAACUGUCACCUUCCAGUCUCGCGCAACUGAAGUUUUUGUGAGAGAAA